AUGCAAAGUAUACAGAGUCAGAUCAUAAAUACUAGACCAAUUAGAAUUACAGUACCAGACUCUUCAUUAAGGCGUACAGAUAAUGAAGUUAGAGGAUUGGUUGUAAAUUUGAAGGAAAGAAUUUAUUCUGAUCAAGAAUUUAUAAGACGAGUAAGAUAUUUCUGGCCUAGUGAAGAAUUACAAGAACAAUUAUUGUUUGCAAUUAGCAAAGAUAUCCCAAGAGAUGAUAGCCCCAUAGAAGAUCCAACACACUAUAGAUUACAGUUUGCAAUAGAACCAAUAAAAUAUGGAGGUACAUACAAUGAUUGUUGUGCUUGGUUAGGUCCAAUUAAUAAAUAUAAUUAUUGCCCUGCAAUAAAGGUACAUAUACCAGAUACUUAUGAGCCUUGGAUAACAUAUACAGUUAAUGUCUUAGCAUAUUUAUUUGGAAAGGUAUCUGGAUGUAGUAAACCUAGUGAAUUCAUAAAGCAAACAAAUUUGACACAUAAUGAACCAUUCAAAAUGAUUUGUGGAAAUAGAAGAUGUGUCAGGGUAUCUCAUAUUGCAAUUAAAAAAGGUACUAAGGGCAUCUCAUUCUCUGAAGUAGUUGACCCAAGUCUUGUAAAUGAAAAUAUCGACAAACCAAUAACAUCUAUGGAGGAAUUAUCAUCUAGUAAGAUAUAUACAGAAUCAAAUACCCAAGAAUUACAAAUGACUACCCAAAAGGGUAGUACUUCACUACAGAAUUAUUCAGAUCACAUCACAAAUUUAAGUAGUAUAGAACCAAAUAUAUCAAAUUUGCUUCAUGAACCACAUAGUAGUAACAAAGAAAUGGAUACACUUCAAGAACCAUCAAGUUCUAACCUUAAGAUAUCUAACUUAGUAGGAGAUAGUGUAUUAAGUACAAACACAUAUAAUUCGAAAAAAUCUCAUCCACAAGAUAAUUUAGAAUUAGAGGUCAAUAUAGAAAAUAAUCAGGAACAGCAAGUAGCAGCAACAAGUAGUAGUUAUCAGCAUAAAGGGAUACUUGGAAAUAUUAGAAAUUUAUUUAAUAGACACAAAUAA